AUGCCUCUUACCGCGACCGAUCUCCAAUACACCCCGGCACAGCUCCCCGAAUCCUCAACAGGCGCCACUCUUGAAAAGAAGAAGCUCGAAUAUGAACGGCUACGCGAACAGAAACGCCGCUUCGAGGCGGAGAUGCAGAAGCUGGAUCAGCAGCAACUUCGGGAAGAAUAUGAUAUCGCGCAAAUGCAGGAGGAUCUGGGUCGCGGAAACACGUUGACCAUCACCGGUCACCAGUCGGAGCCUACGACGCCACCCGAAUAUCGCGAGACCAGCUUUGGCUUCCCAACAGCCUUCUCGCGGCCCAACCGAUAUUCCAUGUCCAGCCUUGUCUCCCCGCCGGGUUUCUUCAACCGCUCGAGCCGGCCUGGCUCACAGCUGACGUCCCCUCCAUCUGGCUUGUCCCAGGCUCAAAGCCACGCGCGCUUCUCAUACGGGGACUACUUGCCCUCCCACUCAAUGCCGACAACCAGGAGGAACAGUGAUGACGAGGAAAAAGAGCUUGCUCUUCGCCAGGAUCCCUCGAGCCACCGCUCAAGCAAUGCCGUCAACCGCUACUCUAUGCCUGUAACUCGGCGUGGAAAUCUGUACGACAAUAUCGACCAGACGAACGCCGCCGGCUUCCUCUUUCGAGACGACGAGGCUGCUUCCGACCCGCACAAGUACAGUGCCAUCGACAGCAGUGCAGAUGAGGGUUAUCCUGUGCCCUUUGCAAAAAUGGUCAAUCAUAAUAUGCUCUUCCUGUUUGGGCGGGCAGUGUAUCCCACUGCUGACGCCUCAUAUCUGCUCUACCGCUCUGUUGUAGCCAGUGCCUUGUACUUUGCUCUUGAGCUAAUCCGUUUUACCCCUCUGCAGGUGCCUUCGACUACAGCUGCUAUGGAUCUUGCGACUCAACGAGCAGGAGGAGAAGCUACUUCCGCUGGCUGGGCCAGCAUGUCUCGGCAUCGUCAACAGCAGAGCUUGUCGAAUGUGGGGCCUGCACAACCGAGCAUCGUCGAGCCGAGCACGGCAACACAGGCAGCGCCGGGCGACGCGGGCGGUAUGGCCUCGCGGCAGGUGCGCCACUCGGCAGAGAUUGGCCAGUACCGGGACACGGCCAACGACGGCGCUGCGACGGCAUCCCUCUCGCCCUCCUCCUCGAAGCAGGCCAUGGUCACGCCUCCGAGACUGCAGUCGUCCCACUCGUCCAACGACAUUGCAACAAUCAAAAGCCCCAGUGUACUUGCCAACCCGAAUGCUCACGCUCAGCAGCACCUGCACAACCACAACGCCAGCAUUGGUCGGAUCCCUCCCGGAGCUGUCAAACGCCACAGUCGCGAGUUGUCAUCCGAAGGUCACGCUCCCGUCACUCAAUCCGCCAGCUUCGCUUCGAUUCAGUCCCAGUUGCACGCCAACGCUCCUUCUUUCGGACCAACUGCAAGCAGCCAGACCGCUGGGCAACCGACCAUGGGCUCCAUGCCUCCCGUUUCAGGCCCUGGCGGGCCUACCCAGUAUCAACAACCCUACUUCGCCGGUCCUGGUUAUGGUCCUGCUAAUGGCUAUGGCAUGUCUUUCCUCCCCAUGGGCAUGCAGAACAUGAACCUCAACGGCUAUCAACAAGGCUAUAGUGGCUAUGCACCAUCUUAUCCGCCCUCUGGACAGCAGGGCCAGCAGCAACAGCAGCCGCGUGACUCGCAACAACGUGUGAUCCAGGCACGGCGCGCCCAAGAUAAUGAAGCUGCCGUCAAGUAUCAGAACAAGCCAUUUGAGGAGUGCAUUGGCGAAAUCUAUGAAAUGGCCAAGGAUCAGCAUGGCUGCCGUUAUCUCCAGAAGCAGCUUGAAGCCAGAAACCCUGAGCAAAUCCACCUUAUCUGGCUGGAAACGAACCCCCACAUUGUCGAGCUCAUGACAGAUCCCUUCGGUAAUUAUUUGUGCCAGAAGCUUCUCGAAUUUUGCAACGACGAUGAGCGCACCGUAUUGAUACAGAACGCCUCUGUCAACAUGGUGGACAUCGCUCUCAACCAGCACGGCACCAGGGCCUUGCAGAAGAUGAUAGAGUUUGUCUCAGCUCCCAUCCAGGUCGAGCUCAUCAUCCAGGCUCUCCAACGCGAUGUUGUGCACAUGAUCAAGGACCUGAAUGGUAAUCACGUCAUUCAGAAAUGCUUGAACAAGCUCACUGCCGCCGAUGCCGAGUUCAUCUUCAGCGCUGUCGGCGCCAAUUGCGUCGAAGUGGGCACCCAUCGCCACGGCUGCUGUGUCCUGCAGCGCUGUAUCGACCAUGCCUCAGGCCCGCAGAAGGCGUGGCUCGUGGCCAGGAUUACGGACUCAGCCUUGCAGCUUGUGCAGGAUCCCUUCGGCAACUACGUGGUGCAGUACAUCAUUGAUCUUAACGAGCCACUGUUCACGGAGCCACUCGUGCAGAACUUCCUCGGCCAGAUCGGUGACCUUUCCCGCCACAAGUUCAGCUCCAAUGUCAUUGAGAAAUGUCUCCGUUGCGCCUCGGAGCAAUCUACGGACGCCAUGGUCAAGGAGCUGCUCAACUCUGGCGAGAUGGACAAGCUGCUGCGUGACUCCUUUGGCAAUUACGUCGUCCAGACAGCACUUGAGCACUCUUCUUACUCCAUGAAGCCUCAGCUCGCAGACAUGAUCCGGCCUCUACUACCCAGCAUCCGCAGCACCCCCUAUGGACGGCGUUUGCAAGCGAAGAUUCAGGCUUACGACAGCCACACGCGCAGCAGCAAUUCCAGUGGUCAAGCCACACCUGCUGAUCCGACUCAGGGCCAGGUUCCUUUGCGUGCCCCUGCGACCAACCGUGGCGUCCAGAACCAACACGCAGGUCCUGGCAAUGGCUAUCCAACCAGCAUGCAUGGUGGCCGAGGUCAAGGCCACUACAAUGCCAAUUCCCACAGCUCUUCACAAACUGGCCGUGCCAACUCGUAUCAGUCGUACAGUGCCAACGGCAAUAGCCGGAAUGGACCUGCGCAGGGCAGCGCCGACGGCCAGUUUUUCUGA